GCUGCGGGUUUGUUGCACUGAUGUGAGCCGCAGAGGAAGACGCUGUGCUUAAGAGACCCGGGAAAAAAAAAACAAUUAUAGAAACUUUAAACCAGUUACAUCACGUUUUAUUUAAUUUUACUUUGGGAAUGAAUGCAAUGGCUCCUUUUUUAAAGCGCAAAAAGAAGUUGCGGGACAUGAAGUGCGUGUUGUUUCCGGAGGACGUCACGGAAACGUUCUGCAAAAGGAGAAUCCCAGAGACACCGAAAGCUACAAAGUCGUCAUGGGAGAGAUGCGGGGACAGUUUUCUGGACACACCCGGGAUGGAGAAACACAUUGCUGGAAGACAGACGGGCAGAUUGGCGCAGACGUCCACAUCUGGAGGAGAGGAUCCCGUUCACAUCGCCUGGACAUCGAGCGAGGACGAGCAGUCAGACAGUGAACAGCAGCUCCCACUUUCUCACGUCGUUACAAAGAGCAUUCUGCGAUCCAGAUCAACGCCCAGAGCGUCCAGCAGAUACAGCCGCUUCCUCAGCACAGGAGCAGAUACAGACGAGCUUCCCACCAUUGAUUCAGAAAGUGAGCACGAGGACAUUUCAACGGAGCAAAUUUCUCUGUCUCUUUAUGGUCAGGUGUCGGCUGAGAUCUCGGACUGCUCUUCAGAUAGUGAUCACAACACCAGCAAGCUGGAUUCUUCUGCUCAGGAGCAAAGCCAGCAAAACAGGUCUAUCAGCGAGUGGGUUCGGUCUGCCCAAGCGCUACUCCAGACGCCUCAGAAACAAACCGAUAAAAACCCCUCGAAGACACCCGAGGACUCCGGGAAAAAGAAGCGCAAGUUUGAAAGUCAGGGACUGGCCGAGAGACUGAAUAGACUUCAGUGCCGACAAAGGUCAGCUAUAAGCUUCUGGAGGCACCAGCCUGUAGCUGGCUUUGCCACAGGAACAGAGGAGAGACCUGGUGUACUGGUUCUCCAUGUUCAUAAAGUGCAGGAGGUUUGCGGAAUGCGGGCUGCCCUAUGCCAUAGACACCCCGACAGGGGGAUGAGCGUUGCUCUGUUCAGCAAGGAAACGGCCAAUCAGCUGGCACCCAGCACAGGAGACACCAUCCACGUUCAUCCACCAUGGCAAAGUCUGACUGUUGACGGUGAGAACUAUCCCAUCAUUCUCAACACACAUUUCAGCCAGAAAGUGGUGGGGGACGAAAAGCAGGACAACAGUGUGAAGCUUCUGUGCCUCAAGGAGAAGGCCAAACCAUAUCCUUUAACCAGGUGCCUAUGGAAAAGUGAAGAGAAUUCUACUCAGGCAUCCGCCUCUAAUAAACAGUAUACACAGACCCAUGGGGAUGCAGGAAGUGCGUUUGAGUCUCUGAUGGAGGCUUUGGAGGCUUGUGGGACAUCAGCGACUGUAUGUGGGCCUGUGGAAGUGGUGGUCCAGAGGAUCUAUUUCUACUCUGUCACACAGAUGCUACACACAAGCUUACCCAGACAUCCGACUCUUAGCAAAUGCCGCUCUGGAAGAGCGCAGCAGCAACACGUUGGCAGGUGUUGUUUGCUGGUGCAGGAUGUGUACGGUAUGUUCAGUGAAGUGGAGAUGCAGUGCGCGUCUUCAGAAGAGGAGCAAAACGACUUCACGAAGCAGAUGCUGGGAAAAACGUGUCUGCUGCAGGGUCUGAAGGUGAUCCGGCGCCUCACUCGUGAGAGAUGUUCUCAGCUCUUCAGUUUGAUUGACAGUUUAUGGCCUCCUGCGGUUCCUCUGCAGGUUCCUGGAGAAGGUUCAUGCUGUCAGACUGUUAAAGUCGCAGCACCGAGAUUCUGUUACAGACUUGCGGGACAGCGAGACUCCGUGUCCCCUAAAUGUAGCUCGCCGUUGUAUCGCCCUCCUUUAAUACAGACCCUCAGAGAGAUCUUGCAGGAUGAGCAUGUGAAUCAGCGGUGCAGCUUCAAGUGUACUUUGAUUUAUACGAGAAAACAGGGUAAAGAAGAGAAGGACCUCUUGCUGUUUGUGACGGACGCCAGCCUGCAGGAUGAGCAGAGGUCAGAAGGCGUUAGACGGACUCUACCCGUAUAUGUGAACUCCACGUCCCUACUCCAGCCAUCAGUCCUUCAAGCCAUCGCCGCACCGUCACCCCAGUUCAGGCCGAGAUUCAUUUUUACAGACGCUGUAAUAGAGCAGGGUAAGAUAAUCAUCACAGGGGAGUCUGUGGUUCAACUAGACUUGGACCCAUUACAACAUCAGGAUAUACCUUCACCCCAGUCUGUUGUUCUGGAUCAGCUGAGCGCCGAGAGCCCGUCCUGCUCACUUUGCACUGUUACAGGAGUGGUGAUGGACAUCGAUGAGAAUUCUGCCUACUCGUGGCCAACCUGCAGUCAGUGUGGAGGCGACUGCUUGGAGGCAUCAGAAGAUAAUCCGGACGUCUAUUCCUGUGUAGCUUGUGGACUCGUGGACAAGCCAUGCAAAAAGAUGCAGCUGGAAGUGUUUCUCAGCUGUCCUCCUUCCAGUCACUGGACUGUCAAAAUUAAGCUACAGCAGAAAUCCAUCAUGUCCCUCCUAAACUCGACAGGACAUGCAGAGGGUUACGAGGCGGAGGCAGUGCUUGGCAAGAGCGUCGGCCCUCUGAACGCGUUCAUCCAUGUGGUCGCCCGCUCUUCAGCACUCUGGAUGGCUUUGGAGGAGAUCAUUCUGUGACCUGGGAUCACUAACACAUCUGUGUGUCUCAACUCUCACCAGUCUGGUAUACCAAAGCGAAUAUAAAAUUUAACAGCCUAAUAAAUCUGGGUACAAACCGA